AUGGCUGAGGCUAUUCGUAUGAACCCACUGCCAGCGCCGCAUCCGGUUCUCCCUGCGGCUGCCUUCCCUCGUGUUCACGCCGAAAACUUUCCCCAUGGAGACCGAGAAGCAUAUGCUAAAUACUAUCCAUAUGGAAUUCCCGUCACCUACAAAAUGAUGUAUGGCGUAUACUCGCAAGGAGUGGCCCAGACAUAUCUGGAGGACAAUCUUCCUAUCGGGUUCUACACCAAUAUACCUCCAAAGGCGACAGCUAUCAUCUCAACUUCGAACGGAAGUCGACCUUUCCGAAAGUUGGAUCACAUUCUACCCCAACGUCGAAUCCACCUGUGGUCUAAAGACGAAAUCCAAGCGAUUUGCAACUCACUUCGCAAGCUCCAUUGGGAUGGGCUGAAGAAUAUGCAGCAGCCUUACUGCUGGGAUGAUUUAUGGACAUACUUCGACGCCUAUGACCUCUAUCAUAACGGCUGCCUAAACCUCUGGAAUGUCAUCAACACCAUUUGGGAUGAAAAUAAGCUCAUUUCGAUCGAUGUGAGGCGUGAAAUAGCCGCUCAUAUUGGCCAUUGGGCGGACGAAUGGUUGAAGCUAGAGAAAAACCAAGACAAGUUGAUGCAGUGGAAAGAGUCUCAAGGCUCUAUCUAUCGUAUUCUCGAUGAUGAAGACCAUGAAUCGCUGGGCUCGCUGCAAGAUGACGUUGUGCCACUUAUUGCGAGCGCAUUGAAGGGCCGCCGUGCCUAUCUUCUUUCUAACGUGGAAGCAGAGAAAGCUGAAGAGCCUGCUGAUCUGAUAACGGCAUUCCGUACAAAUGGUGUUGAGAACUGGCUUACCGGACAGCCUAUUUUUGACUGUAAUGGAUUGCCACCGCCUCCAGUAUCCGAAUCUCACCGGCUGUCAAACGAUCCAGCUCCCUGCUUUGAACAAGAUGGCAAACACUACUUUCUUCCGUCAAAUUUUUUCCCGCCUCCAGAGUCUUUUCAAAACUCUGUCAAAGAUUUUCAAGCUUUGAAUAACUCCCCCGAACCUGUUUCGUCUCCAGCAGAAUUCCCCAAAUCUGGCGUAGUAAUCGUCAACGGUAGCAAUGUACCAAAACUGUCGCAAGAGCCAAUCAACAGGGCCUACCAGCAGACAAUCGACGAAGUGCAAAGCAAAAAUGGUACUCGGAGAACCUCAUCGAUGCCUGAGACGUCAUCUCCUACGAUCUCUGGCGGCAGCCAGGAGCUUGAGCGUGGAUGGUCCCCGCUAGCGGUGGAUAAUGAAACUACUGCCAACGCUGAUGUUAGACGAAGCUCUGAGCCGGCAGCUUUAUCAAUCACUGGGCAAAAUCUAUCUGAUAAUCCAUCAUGUUUCAAGAAAGAGGGAUCAGAGGCUAUGAUGGACAAUUCCAUAAAGGAGAUUACGGGAAAAAGGCAAAGAGAGCAAGAUGCUACUCAUUUUAGACAAUCAAACGAUGUGCGAGCAAGUUUGGCAUCGUACUCAGGAAUGGCUCAAAGACGUGGAGGCAGAUUUCAGCCAGAAGUUGAAAGUCCUUUCCCAAUGCACGAUACCGCGCGAUUCGAUCAACGCCAAGCUCCGAGUGCGGUUACAAAUCUGGUUGGUUCUACGGUCCCGAAACAACUACCGCCUACUCAAAGAGCUCGUAGGCUAUCUCAAGAACAAAGAAAGCCUACUGAUUUCUUACCCGGCGACUCUUUCAAACAGAGCUUCAAUCCAUCCACUCUGCCAUCAGCAGAGACUGCAGCUUUCUAUAUGCAACCCGAGAAAGGAGGCAUGCAACACCAUGUAGGGCCCCAUGGGUUCCCGUAUCAAAAUCAACAAUUCAAUUCUGCACCAAAUAAACCAAUUCCUCACAAUAUGACAUACAGAGAGUUUUCUGGAGCUCAGCAAGGCAUGUCAUCUCAUCAGUUUCCUAUGGGAACACACUCGCACGCAAUGCCAUCUACUGUACCAUACAACACUCCCGCCAAUGGCUCUAAUGAUAGUAUCCACCUAGCUCAGCAACCGAGACAGGAAUAUUUAUAUGCCUCCUCAAUGCCGUCAGCGCACAAUGGAUACCAAAAUAGUGACCGUCCGUACUACAAUAACAACAACAAUAAUAAUAACAACCGGGUAGGACACCGUCGAGGAUCUCAAAGCCAAAAGCCUCAUGGAUAUGUUCCUGGCCAGCAGCCUCAAACUGAGCACAAUGCUGCAUUCCAAGAAAGCCAUUUAAAUAAAUCUUGGAGGCGAGGACCUCCACAUGACAGGGCCCGGCAGAGCUCUUGGUGUCGCAACACGGCCGGCUCAAACAUAGAGUAUUGCCAUUGCACCUGUGACCAGUGUAACGAACGCAACAGAAGUGUUUGGGUGAGAGUGAUUAGCCCUGAAUCUUUUGUGUCGAUAAUGGAAAUACUAUCAUUCCUUAAAUUUGGAUUAAGCACUAGGUUUGGCAGGGUGGAAGAGGCUUAUCCAGCACCAUCAAUGAGGAGGGAUGCGUUUAUCGUGAGAUUCGAGAGCGAAUCCUCGGUUUCACAAGCUCUUGCUUUUGGUGGAGGCAUGGUUCCAGAAAAAGACGUCAGAAUAACCAUUCAACCGGUCCAUCGAUCAAAGUGGAUGAAGCGCCACCCGCAACACCAACCAAGAAAGCUUCUGCCUCUGCCAAUCACGCACCAACAGACAUCGCAAGGCGAAUCUCUCUCGCCAAGUAAAAGUCUUGUUCAUAUUCAGGCGCCUCCUAGUUGUUCGCUGGGAUCAAGCCAUACGUCCACACCAGAACCAGAUCAGCACGAGAUUCCUUCCCGCCCUCUGAGUGUCUCAACUUUACCCCAAGCGGAUUUAUCGAGUCAGAGCAUGGAACAGCAAAUAAUCUCGCCAACUGCUGAGUUUAAUUGGGAUGCAAAGUCUGACAAAGUGCCAACUCCUUCUGAAGUGCCUGUGGCCAAUUGCAAACACUUCGCUUCUGAAGAAUUGAGGGAAUAUGCUGCCGAUCCAGCUUCUCUCUCUCUUCAAGCUAUGAACUAUCCAAAGGCGGAGAAAUUUGAGAAAGAAGGUUUUCUAUAUUUAGAGUCACUUUCUGAGGAAGCCGUUAUUGAGAAGGGCAUCAGAUGCGACAUUACAACUGCACAUUGUGACAGCAGCAAAUGUUUGUCGCCAGAGAAAGUCGACAGUACGCUACCAAGUACGCCUAUCAACUCGGUCUGUUCUUCAAGUGAUACACCUAAAGCAAAAUUUUCCAACAAAAUUUGUCCAACUACAGGGACGAAUACUCCGAUGUCGAAGAGUAACAAUAGAAAAGCCAAACAAUCCUCUUCAGUUGUAAUGGAGGACCGUCAGUGCCAAAGUUCUGGAGUAAUUGGAAAAGUUGAGAAUGCAGUAGGGGUAAAAGAAAACAGUGAUAAUGAGGCUAUAAGAGCACCAAGUGACCUGAGGAAGGCGCAAAAUCCCACCAAAGAUAUUGAGAGACCACUGCUGACCGCAGCAUCAUCUGAGAAGCACAUUGAGUCUAGUAUAAACAGCCAUGCGCAAGCUUCUAGCUAUACUGAGAAGGAGAUAAAAGAGCGAAAACAGGCCUGGAAUAGGAUUCCUAUGCCAUUGGAUCCACGAAAGUCCAAAAAAUUAGGAAUAAUAAUUACGUCUAGCCAGCACUCUAGUCUACCAAGCCGAGAUGCGUCAUCGAACAAUACAACAGAGAAGGCGGGUAUUGCUAAACCAUAUAUCGGGAAGUGGGAUCAACUUGAGUCGAUUCAUACGCCACGGUUGGACAAGGUAAAACCAGAGCAAUUAACAAAAGCUGCUGAAGUAUCAAUCAAAGAUAAAACUCAUAAUCUUACGGAAGAGAAACCGCUGGACUAUGAACUAAGAUCAGGCACAUUAGCUCAGCUACCUAUGGUGCCCCUAGCAAACGAAGUUUCCACCAAUAUGACGACCACGGGAGAGCCUCAAGCCUCAAGAAUGAAGACAUCUAGCUCAUAUCAGACUGCAUCAGAGCAUACCAGUGCUACUGCUUCGCAUUUGCAGCUACCCACUGGUGAAAACAAAACGAACAAUACGGAAAAUAGCCAAACCAAGCCAAGACCCAAGUGGAACAAACCCAAGAAAAGCAAGAAACGUCUAGCUUUGGCAUCGCAGAUUGUGCUGCAGAAUGAAGGUAGUAGCCAAGAGAUAUCGCCAUCUGUCUCGGAGACGCCCUCUAUGGUAAAGGAAGAGCCGCGAGCAGAUUACCAUAUGUUUACGUCGGCUCCUGCAAUAUCCGAAUAUCACUCCCAUCCUGUUCAUUUUACGGGAAAGCCUGACGAGACAGAGCUUUUCAAGGGUUCUAUAGAACAGGCUAUGACAAAUAAUAGAAGCCAGUAUUCAUACGAUACUCUACCUCGGAGUCGGCACGAUUUCAGAAAUAACGCAGGCGGCUCAUUAAGGGUUCCCAAAAAGCGGAAGAACAAAUAUCCUGCAAUCACUUCGAAGACAUUCGAAGUUUCUCCAACCAGUAGAUUCGAACCAUCACAACUUGAGUAUUCUGAAAGUGGCCAGAUGCCCAUGAGGAACACCGAUAAUACAAAUAUACCGGACCCAGCAACACAUAUAACGGAACCAGACUCUUCCAAGAGAAGUCGACUUAACCCGCUUGCAACGGCUUUUGAAUCUCCCCAAAAGACCACUAUUGCAGCAGUGGAUAUCGGCAUAACACCAAAUCUUUGCAAAGCAGGCUCACCCCGAAUCGGGGAAGGAGAAGAUUUGCUCAGAGAGAACCGAUCACCUUCAAAGUUUAAGAUUAUUCAAAGGUCAACGACUACGCAUGAAUCGCCUACCAAAUCGCAGCAUCUGAAAGAGAAGCUUGUUCGACGCAUUGAUAGCUCAAAAGUGAGCGGUAGCCUUGAGAUUUCGACAAGGCAGCGGGAGAAUAACCCUUCCGAGAUCCAGCGCAGCUGGUCCAAAGACAAACAUGGAAAUGACAGCGAAAUCAGGGAGCCAAUCAAUUCAAAAGCUACAUCACCUGGAAGAAAAGCUGCCCUUGAUAAAGAGGACUGGCCUUCGUUGCCUGCAUCGCGUAUAAGAUCUGCUACUCUCCAGUAA